AUGUCGCGCAACGCAGCCUAUGUCACCCUCCUCACCAAGGCCGAAUACCUCCCCGGAGCACUCGUCGUCGAGUCCUCGCUGAGAGCCGUAGGCUCGAAGUAUCCGCUGGUCAUCAUGGUCACUCCUUCGCUGUCCCAGGAAGCCCGAGAUGUGUUAAGUCGACGGGGUGUGAAGAUGAGAGAGAUUGAGAGAGUGGAUCCGGCGGAGGGAUUGGUGACGAUUAGCGCACAUGAUGCGAGGUUUGCGGAUACUUGGACGAAGUUGAGGUGCGCUGCGGUUGUUGUGAUAUAUUGCCGUAUAGUCUUGAUGGACUGCGACAUGAUCGUUCGCCGAAAUAUGGACGAGCUCAUGGAUCUUGAACUCCCCGACGACUGGAUCGCUGCAUGCCAUGCCUGCACUUGCAACCCGCGUAAAUUACCUCACUAUCCGAAGGACUGGUAUGUCCCGUUCCAUCCAUCUCUAUUCUCAUUCUUUCUCAUCGACAUCACCAUCCUUCUCAGGGUACCUGAAAACUGUGCAUACUCUCCCCUCGAGCACCCUCUCGCUCUCGACCAGGCAAGCAAUAUCAAAUCAGAUAGCCCACGGACCUAUGGUCUCUUGAAUUCAGGCAUCGUCGUCAUGAACCCCUCCGCCCCCCUCUCCCAAACCGUUCUCAACUACCUCCAUACCUCUCCCGACGUCUCGUCCUUCUCCUUCCCCGAUCAAGAUCUCCUCGCCGCCGUCUUCACCGGAAAAUGGAAGCCCCUGCCGUGGAAAUACAACGCGCUGAAAACGUUACGGCAGAUCCACAAGCCGUUGUGGAGGGACGAGGAAGUGAGAUGUCUGCAUUAUAUAUUGCAUGAUAAGCCGUGGCAGGCGAGGGUCGGACAGGAGGGAAGUUCGGCGGAGUAUGAGGAGGUGAAUACGUGGUGGUGGGAUCAGUUGGAGGCGUUGGUGGAAGAGCUUGGGAAGAGUGAUCCGGAGGGACGGAGGUUGGUGCUUGAUAAUGUGGCACAGCCGUAG